AUGUCUUUAUUGUACAUUACUGAAGAGGUGGUUGAGAACUUUUCUGGUAGUGGAAUGGAUCUGCUAUUUGAAGUGUUGGAAUCCUACCAAGAAAAUGAUGCAGAAUCCGAGGAGAUACUUGCUCAAAUUUUCACAGAGCUAUUGAUAACAUUUGAGGAGAACAAAUUGGAUGUCAAUGAUAUCAAAAAGUUUUUCACUCAGGCAAUUAAAUCGGACGAUCAGGCAAGAAUUUUUUUCCAAGUACUCAAUUCGUUUGCUGUAUCGAAAAAUAUUCACGAUUUGUUGCAUUUACUUUUCCGAGACAAUAAAAUCAAAAUAGAAACAUUAGCUUUACACCUCAGCUCAGAUUUUUUAAAAUCAGUGGAAAUUGUUCCAAAAGACUAUUUCCAGAGAACUUUAAGUCACAAGAUCAGAGAUGAAUAUUUCACGCAGAAAAAGUUCAACUUACUUCAUGAAGAAGUGGAAGGGUAUUCGAAGUUUACGUCGGAAAUGCAUUCUAUUUUAGAUAGCAGCGAUGCUGAAUUUCAACUUGAUUAUGCUAUUCAGGUUAUGGAAAAAUUGAUUGGUCAUUAUGACCUUGAUCCCAACAGAUGUUUGAGUUUGUUAUUUCAAGUCUUCACCGGAACCAUAGUGCCUCAUUACCGUUUCAUAUUAAAUGUCUUAAAGAAGAGUAGGUGGUGGCCAAAUGUUGAAAGUGAUAAUUCCUCAUUGUUAAGCCUUGGGAAUGGAGGAAGCGAAACAGCAGCCAAAGUGAUUGGCCUAGAGCUUGUGGGUGAGUGUGGUACAAGAGAUUUACCUGAAACAUACAAGUGUCUUGUGGCCAUUCUUAUUAAAGAAGGAUUGAUAAGCUUUGGAUCAUUGUACAAAUUUAUGGGCCCUGAUGAAUCGGAAAUGGACGAACUUGAGGCCGAAUACAAAAAGAAGUUAGAUCGUGAUGUAUUAGUUGCUGGGGCUACUGCCCUUGCUCUCGCUGCACCAUUAGCUGAUGAAGAGGAUGAAGAAGGAGAAAAAGGUGAAAGCAAGACGAAAAACAAAACCAGUCAAGCUUCAACAGAGAAAGAUUUAUCUAGCUUAUUAAAACUGAACAUGAAGUUCCAAUUUCUUAAAGUAUUUUUGGGUGUUGGACUUUACUGGCCAGCGAUAUUCAUUUUGACGAAAUAUCCAUACUUGGCACAAAUUGACGAAGAAAUACCGAUCUUAAUCAACAGAUUAUUUGCAACUAUGAUUGAUCCAUUAUACAACAAAAUAAGAAUUUUCAGUGACGAAGAGAUAAGUAAUCUUCAAAAACCUAAAGGAAUAACAUUUAGUCGUCCCUAUAAUACAGUUUUUGUCGAGCAUUCACCUGUUGCUCACUUGUUCAGUUUUAAUCCUUUGAUGCGCGGAUAUGGCAACAGAAAAUACACUUACUUUUAUAGGGAGUUUUCCACAGAUCUUCCAAAAAUACAGGAUAUCGAUAGUUUGAUAGCCGCUUCGAAUGAGCUCCUUAAAUUUAAUGGACCAAAUCUUGCGAAAGAUACAGAUAUAUUUAUCAAGACUUGUGAAGUUACUCGCUACUUGUUGUCCCAAGAAGAAGAUAAAAGCAAAGUAUUUUUUUAUUUCAAGAACUUUAUUUUCCCAGCAAUGCCGUUAAUAGAAGAGAAUUCCAUUGCCAUAGACAAAGCUUUUGAAAUACUAUUAUUUUUUCCAACUGAAGACAGAUUCAGUCUUUAUGGUGAACUAUACAACAUAUUAGCUAAAAACAAUCCACUAAUUAAAAUAGCUUAUAGCAAAGCUGAAAAAUCAACUAAAGACGUUUUAAAAAGAUUGUCCAAGGAAAAUGUUCGUCCCAUGAUGAGAAGAUUAGCUAAAAUUUGUUUCUCAAACCCAUUACCUUGCUUAUUAACAAUUUUACAACAGAUUGAGAGUUAUGAUAAUUUGAACACCUUGGUUGUUGAAACUGCUAGAUACUUUAAUGCGUAUGGAUGGGAUAAUUUAACUGCUGCUAUAUUGAUAAGAUUAGCUUCUAGUCGAAGCAGUACAUAUAACGGGAUGAGUGAGCGUCAGUGGGUUCAAUCAUUGGCCUCAUUUAUUGGUAAAAUUUGUCAAAGAUACCCUCAUGCUAUUGACAUAAAGACUAUACUAGCAUUUAUAUUGAAAUCAUUUUACUCAGGAGACACAAUUGGUUUACUAGUGCUUAAGGAAAUGUUUAUUUCAAUGGGAGGCAUUCAGCAUAUAACAAAUUUAACCAUAAACCAAAUUGAUAUGAUUAACUGUGGGUCAUCUUUACAAAAAAUUGUUUAUAACACCAUAGACGAUCUUCGAUUUGAAAGAAGAGCCACCGGGAAAUAUCUUAUUAAAUGUAUGAAUGAGAUUGAUGCAGUUAAUGAAUUGUUAGUGUUGCUUUGUCGUAUAUCGAAUGAUGUGACUUUCACCGGGAAUGAAUCAUAUUUGAAAGUUUUGGUUAGCAAAAGUGAUGACGUAAAUGCGGUAAUUCGAUUAUUUGUUACAUUAAUCAACUUAUAUGACGAGGAUUUGAAUUUGAUGCCAAUACAGCAAUUAUCAGAUCUUGGUGUGCCAUGGUCAUGGGCAUAUGAAGUUUGGAGGUUCAGAGGUAAGACUGAGAAGGACAAUCUUUCACUUGAAUCCACGUCUUCAAUUUUUGACAAUUUCUGGAAGCUCUCAUUACAUGAUAUCAACUACACAAAUGAACUUUACGAUAAUGAAACCAUUAAACUUGAAUCAAAUAUCAAAAGCUUGAAGGAUUCUAUUGCCAUUAACUUGAAAAACAAAGAGUUACCCCGUACAGUAAUUGACAAACAAAGAAAAGAUUUGGAAACAUGUGAAGAAUAUCAAAAAACAUUGGUGGAUGAGAGGGCCAAACAUAAAGAUGAAAAUGAGAAAAUUGAAGAACAGUUGAAACAGAUUUCAUUUAAUUGGUUUGUUGAUUUAAGUUUUGAGGAGUUUAUUCAGAAGUGUAUAUUUCCAAGAGCAAUCACUUCCUCAUUUGAUGCUGUUUAUUCUGCAAGAUUUCUUUUUAAAUUGAACUCUAUGAAGAUUGACAAUUAUUCGUUGGUGAAUGUUUUAGAUUUGUUAUUCAAAUCAAAAAGUUUAUUUGGGACAUUGUGCUCAUCAACUCCUACAGAAGCUGAGAACAUUGGAUUAUUUUUUGCCGAUAUUUUGAGAACAUUACAAGGAUGGAGAGAUGAAUCUAAGUAUGGUGAAAUUGGUUUGCAAGAUCAAGAUGGAGAUGCAAUUACUUUUGAUGAUUUCAAAAAACUCCUUUACGAUUAUCACUCGUUGCUUUUGGAAGAAAUCAGAAUAGGGUUACAGGCACCUGAAUAUAUUUCUCGUAACAACACCAUUAUAUUUUUGAAGAAUUUGUUGGCUGUUUACCCCACUGUUGAUGAUCAUGGUGCUCAAAUUGUUAAUUUGAUUGAAAAGUUAUCUACAACAGAAAAGAGAAACGAUUUGAAGUUAGCUUCGAAUGCAUUGUUGGUUCAUGUCAAAUCGAAAUCCAAGAAUUGGGUUCCUAUUUGGGACUUUAUUUCAAUGAGUGAAGAAGAGAAGGAAGAAAUAAUUAAAGCAAAGGAGGAAGAAAAACAAAGAAUUAUUAAAGAAGAGGCAGAAGCCAAAAGACAGAAGGAAUUGGAGUUGGAGAAGGAAAAACAAAUGAAAUUAGCCAAAGAAGAAGAAGAAAAGAAAAAACUAUUAGCUGCUGCAUCUUUGAACUAUGACUCACUGACUGCCGGUGGUAGUGGUGGUGGUGCUAGAACUCAAACAAGAACCACACAAAUUGGAAGAACAUAUGAAAAGUAUGCAAUAGAAACAAAAUCAGAAGCACAUUCAAGACAGACAACUCCUAUACCGACACAACCACGGACUUUAUCUUCUGUUCCCACGUCACCAAGUUCAUUGUCCAAAGAGAACAAGUUACAGGAAAGAGUGAAUAAAAUGAAACAAGCUUAUAAAGAGUCUCGAUUUUCUUCAGACACGGAGAACAAAGUUUUGAAUUCUGAGUCUCUUGAUGGUCACGAGGCAACUAGUAAUGAAAAAGAAGCUAAACAAGAAGAAAGCAAUGACCAAGAAAAAUUAGAUUCAGAAGCAAAAGAGAAAGCCAACCCUGGUCAGAAUAACGAAGAAACCCAACUAUCUACUGAAAAAGAAGACAGCGCCGGUGAUAACUCAACAAACACAUCAAAUUUGGCAGCACAAAAAGAAUCCGAGCAAAAACGAUCCCCCUUACCUCCACAGAAUGAAAUUAAAAAAUCAAUUUCCCUGGAAGAUUUCAAGGGACCAACUGAACCCAAACGUACACCGUUACCUCCUCAAACCAUGGUUGCCAGACAUAAAGAUGAUUCCUAUGGACGGUCAGAAGGUAGACGUGCUCCUUUACCUCCACAACAUGAAAUCAAAAAACAAUCAUUAGGUGGUACAGAUUCAUCUAAUAAAGUUGGCUCUUCACGUCCACCAUUAGGGCAAUCGAAUGCCAAUGGGUUUAGGAAUGAUAUGAGAACGAAUAAAGGUAAUAGUUCAAGUAAUCAACAAAACUCAAGACAACAACCACCUGCCUCAAUCCCGCCAUCACCGCCACCACCAUUACCACCUAUACAGCAUCAUAGAGGAAGAAAUGACUAUGGAAAUUCUCGAGGAUAUCAAUCAAACAGAGAUAAUUAUGGACGCCAUAGCAAUUCUAGAAACGAUAGCAGACCAGCUAGCAGUCGAACACCUACUUACGAUAAUAGAGCCAGAAAUCAAGGUAACAGAGACAAUAGAAACACAGGAAGAAAUGAAAAGAGAAAUGCUGACAGUUUUGGUGGACGAGGAUACGAUAAGAGACCGAGACAUUAA